CCUCAGAUUUAAUAUAUGCUGUAUCUGCACGACUCGCUGUGGAAAUCAUCAUCGGGAAAAAAGGAUUUCAUCGUCUCCUGCUCCUCCACUUCGCGUCCCUCGCCGACGAUGUCUUCCGCCGCCGGAGCCGGAGAGCCCUCGUCUUCAUCACGACCUGUCCGUGGGAAGGAGAGAGAGGAAGGUGCCGACGAUAGCAACCGCAAGGUGGAGGAUGAGGGAGAUUUGGGCCUGGAACUCUAUGGCGCCGAGGCGGGGUGGGUGGAGGCGCGGACCAGCUGCCCGCACCUCCUUGCCAUGCCCGCCGCCAGCGCCGACGAUCUCGCGCGCGUCCCCGCGCCUGAUUCUCAGUGCUCUAGAUGUCAUCACCCUUCUGAAAACUGGUUAUGCUUGAUCUGCAAAGAUGUGCUGUGCAGUCGUUUUAUCAACAAACACAUGCUGUACCAUUAUCAAGAAUCGGACCAUUGUAUUGCCCUGAGCUUCAGUGACCUGUCAGUUUGGUGUUUUGCCUGUGACUCCUACCUAGACGCUCAAUCCAUUUUAGAGCUGCGCCCAGUUUAUGAAGUUGCACAUCUGCUGAAAUUUGGAGAAAGGCCCCCUUUUCGAUCACUUGAAGUACUGGAUCUCUGCAAUGGACAAAAUGGAGGUUCAUCUUCAAGUUCGUAAUGCCUUUCUUUUCUUGUCAUGAUGACCAUAGUCCAUUGUGUAAGAUGGAACGUGCUAAGCAUCAGCAGAAAUAUAAGUCAGCUAAUGGUCCUGUUCCUCAUUACUCCUGUCUAAUUACCUGUUAGGCGUGAAACAAAUUGAUAAGUGUAAAAGUCUGUUUACCUUUGGACAUGAUAAAGGCAUUAAAAUUGCCUUGAUGUUGACAUCCAGAAAAGUAUUGCGAAUAUAUUUUUCUCCA